AUGCCACGACCAUCCCACAUUCCCCGCCUUGAAGAGCUUCCAUUACGCCCGGAUAAUCCCCCCAAUUCCGCUUGGGGUCUCUGGGGUGAAGAUGACAAACUUGGCUCGCUCAACUAUCUCACGGAUCAAGUAGUGCUCAGCACAAUCCGUGAAGAGGUACGAACAGGAGAGCGAGUCGGGCUUGACCUACCUCUCGACCACUUUGACCCUCCACUGCUGGGCAGAGCGGGCCACACACAGCAGGUCAUCAAUAAGGAGCCGUUGGUGGUCAACGAUGAUGUUAUCACAUUCAACACUCAGUGCAGCUCCCAGUGGGACAGCCUGCGGCACUUUGCGUAUCAGAAGGACAAGAAGUUUUACAACGGAACAACCCAAGCAGACAUCCACUGUAGUCCCAGAACGGACUUGAAUAGUCUUCAACCCUGGACAGAAAAGGGCAUAGCUGGUCGUGGCGUCCUCAUUGACUAUGCAUCCUGGGCGCACCAGCAAGGCAGACCGUCAAGCCAAUACUGCUUCCAAGGCUUUGGCAUACCUAUCGGCGAGGUCAAAGAAUUAGUGUCGGACCUCAAACUUGACCUGAGACCAGGAGAUGUCCUAUUCCUGCGGACUGGGUAUGUCCAAGCUUACGGGGCGCUCACGGAGGAAGGCAGGAAAGACGUUGCUCAGAAGCGCGAGUGGAUUGGUCUCGCGCAGAGCAGAGAGACCACCGAGUGGCUGUGGGAUAAUCAGUUUGCAGCAGUUGUGUCUGAUUCUCCAGGAUUUGAAUGCAGGCCUCCCAUUGAGCCUGCUUGGCAUCUACAUCCAAUCUUGCUCGCAGGCUGGGGCACACCUAUUGGUGAGCUCUUCGACCUGGACAGGCUCGCGGCAUUAUGCGAGAAGCAUCAGAAAUGGAGUUUCUUCUUCACAAGCGCGCCUUUGAAUUACCAGGGGGCUGUUGCAUCACCACCAAACGCGAUUGCCAUACUUUGAAAGGUUGGAGAAAAUGUAGAUUUGGAAGGACUGGGUUGUGUUAUUCGUACAUUAGCUG